CUCAGUACAGGAGCUGGGACUCGGAGGAGGACUCCAGCACACACAAUGACAGAAGAUAAGAUCACUGGAACUUUGGCUUUCACUGUCUUCACUGCCGUGCUAGGUUCCUUCCAGUUUGGAUAUGACAUUGGUGUCAUCAAUGCACCUCAAGAGAUAAUAAUAUCCCACUAUAGACAUAUUUUGGGUAUCCCACUGGAGGACCGGAGGGCUACUCAUGACUUUGUUGUCAACAGCACAGAUGCACUGCCCACAUUCACACCACCAGUCCUGGACACAACAGCAGCCCUUUGGGCUGAGGAAGAAGCUGUGGCAUCUUCUCACAUGGUCACCAUGUUCUGGUCCCUGUCCGUGUCCAGCUUUGCAGUGGGUGGAAUGGUCGCCUCAUUCUUUGGAGGGUGGCUAGGGGACAAGCUUGGAAGAAUCAAAGCCCUGUUGUCAGCCAACAGUCUUUCAUUAGCUGGAGCUCUCUUGAUGGGGUUUUCUAAGUUCGGACCAUCUCAUAUCCUUAUAAUUGCAGGAAGAAGCAUAUCAGGACUGUACUGUGGGCUAAUUUCAGGGCUGGUUCCAAUGUAUAUUGGUGAAAUUGCUCCAACCUCACUCAGAGGUGCUCUCGGGACUCUUCACCAACUGGCUCUUGUCACGGGUAUUCUUAUUAGUCAGAUUGCGGGCCUCAGCUUUAUUCUGGGAAACCACGACCGAUGGCACAUCUUGCUGGGCCUGUCUGCUGUGCCAGCCCUCCUCCAGUGUCUGCUACUAUUCUUCUGUCCAGAAAGCCCCAGAUACCUUUAUAUUAAGUUGGAAGAGGAAGUUAAAGCAAAGAAAAGCUUGAAGAGACUGAGGGGAAGUGAGGAUGUCACCAAAGACAUUAAUGAGAUGAAAAAAGAGAAAGAAGAGGCAUCCAGUGAACAGAAAGUCUCUGUGGCCCAGCUCUUCACCAAUUCCAGCUACCGGCAGCCCAUCAUCGUGGCCCUGAUGCUGCACAUGGCUCAGCAGUUUUCUGGAAUCAAUGGUAUCUUCUAUUACUCAACCAGCAUUUUCCAGUCAGCUGGGAUCAGCCAACCUGUUUAUGCAACCAUUGGAGUUGGUGCCAUCAAUAUGGUUUUCACUGCAGUCUCCGUACUGCUGGUGGACAGGGCUGGGCGGCGCUCUCUGUUUCUGAUCGGAAUGAUUGGGAUGUUUUUCUGUACCAUCUUCAUGUCGGUGGGGCUCGUGCUGCUGGAUAAGUUUGCUUGGAUGAGUUACGUGAGCAUGACAGCCAUCUUCCUCUUUGUCAGUUUCUUUGAAAUUGGCCCCGGUCCCAUCCCCUGGUUCAUGGUGGCUGAGUUCUUCAGUCAAGGACCACGUCCCACAGCUUUGGCACUAGCUGCAUUCUGCAACUGGGUCUGCAAUUUCCUGAUAGCUCUGUGUUUCCAGUACAUGGUGGACCUCUGUGGACCCUAUGUGUUCUUCAUCUUCUCUGGGGUGCUCCUGGCCUUUACCCUGUUCACAUUUUUUAAAGUGCCAGAAACCAAAGGGAAGUCUUUUGAGGAAAUUGCUGCAGAAUUCCGAAAGAAAGGUGGUGGUUCGACCCAACGACCAAAAGCUACAGUAGAAAUGGAAUUCCUCAGAGCUUCAGAGACUGUGUAACAGGAACAAAGCAGAAAGGGAACCACGUGUUCUUAAAUGAUUCCUUUAGGAUUUUAUAUCUAUAACUUAAAUAUCAUUUUAUUUUUAAAGGGUUUUAUGGACUCUGACCAGAAAUGUCAACAAAUAUUACCAAAGGAAGUAUUUUUUUAACUUAGUGAGUAUAUUUUUGAUGAUAAGACUCUGUAAUAAGUAAACCAAAGAGGAUAGCUUAUUUGCUACUUUAAAGGACAAAUAUGUUCUAGCCUUACUUUUUAUUGCAUUAUUCCCCUGGAACUGAAGCAAUUUCAACAUGCCACUUUAUUACUGUAUUAAGUAUGUGACAAUAAGCCUGGAGACAUUGCUGAUAUUUAUAUAUUUAAAUAUGAUUAACCUGGAGUUUUCUUCCCCACAAAUCUGGUACUGAAGGAUAUGACUACUGGCAGUAAGGGUCAUGUUCGUCUCUUCCUCACCUUCUGUCAUAUGUAUUAGAAUUUGUAUUUUGCUUAAAAUUUUUAUUUUUUCUGUAUUUUCGUGUGGAAUGGCUUAUUGGGUAUAUUAAAACAUAUUUAUGAAGAAAGAUUCUUUUGAGGGUAGCUACCCCAAAACUUUUCAGUACUCAGAAAAAAAAUAUAGUUUCUUUGAUGGAUUUUGCAAGAUUAAACAUUCAAAAAGCUUUACCUACUCAUAUAGAUUGGAUCAUCAGUUUAUGUAGCUAUCUAUUACAAAACUAUAUGGCUCCCUUACUAGUUCAGUGCUCAAUGUUAAUUUUGUUUUGCUUUUUAACAUUUUUUUUUAAUUUUUUUUUGUUUAUUUAUUUGAGAGCAACAGACAGAGAGAG